AUUAUUCCUAUCAUUAGGCCCUAGCCUUAACCCGGCCCGAUGCGUGAUCUAGACAAGAUCUAGCGAGGCGUCAACUUUUUGAAAGGUAAAGAAAACCCAACAAUGCUGUUGAAAAUAAUUGUUUCCCUUUUUACUUUGCUGGUUGUUGCCAUAGCAAUAAUUGGCUACACACCACUUCCUGAAGGUGUUCAAAAUCCUUACAAAACUCAAGUGCUGAUGGGUGUCUUCAAGAUAUUACAUUUUGUUAUGCAUGUUAGAGAAUAUCUAGGCUAUGAUAGUUUAUUGAACAGCAUACAAAAGUUCCAGAGAGAGAUAAUAUUAGAAGGGGAAACUUAUUCAUCUAAGUAUGGAGAUGUUGAAGUGAAGAGAACUAAAAUGGCAAACAUUCCUGUGAUAAUUUACAAGCCACAUUCAUUGACAGACCAACUAUCCCCUGCGUUAGUUUACUUUCAUGGUGGAGGCUGGGUAAUUGGCACAGCAGAUGAAAUGGAUAUUACGGCGUAUGAUUAUGCAAAAUCAACUAACAUUAGUGUCAUUAAUGUUGACUACAGACGUGCCCCUGAUUUUCCUUUUCCGAUUCCUGCCCAAGACUGUGUGGAAGUGACCAGAUACAUUCUAAAACAUGGAGAUCAGUUUGGAAUAGAUGUAAACAAAGUUGGAGUUGGUGGAGAAAGUGCAGGAGGAAAUUUGGCUGCUGUUGUGUCCUUGGCCUUGUUGAACUCUGACCUUCCUUCACUGAAGUAUCAAGUUCUCACAUAUCCUGUUGUCCAAGGCUUUAACCUGCAUCUACCAUCCUAUGUAGACAACAACACCACUAUGCCUAUUUUAACUGCCAAAAUGACUGGGGCAUUGCUCUCACUUUAUUUCGGCUUAGAUAAACUUAACACAGACUACUAUGCCAAAGUCAUCUCAGAAAACAGACACAUUUCCCCUGAGUUUAAGAAAUCAAAAUACUCCGAGUACGUCAAUGUUAACUUAUUACCCAAAGAGUUCAGAACCCCAAACAAGACAGCCCCUGUUGUCACAGAACCAUAUGACCCCCAAGUUGCAGCCAAAGUUGAACCAAUCAUUAUCAAUCCUCUCUUCUCUCCCCUGAUGGCGCCAGACCUGUCUGGAUUACCUCCCGCUUACAUCCAUGUUUGUGAGUUUGAUGUACUACGUGAUGAUGGUCUGAUGUAUGCUCGAAGGUUGAAAGAUGCUGGAGUUAGUGUGACCUUACAUUUUGGUUAUGGUGGUUACCAUGGUGAUACAAUGUUUUCUGAUUUCCUACGAUCUCAAAGUGGAAGAGAUGGUUUUAGAACAGCUUGUAAUUUUAUUACUGGCAUUUUAAAACUCUAAGAAAAUUAUUAAAAAUAGGCUUUUAUAUUUAACUGUGUAUUCUUUAUGAAUAAAAAUAUAAACACACUUAUUAAUAAAAUGUACAAUACAGUCAACUUGCUACAUGUAAUGUUUUAUUUAUAGUUGUGUGUUAAGUGUUCAGUUGCAUCACUAGUUCAGAGGUCAUAGUGCAGAAACUCAUGUCAUACACCCCCCCCCCUGUAA